AUGGUUCUAGUCAGCAAAUCUGCCAAUAGUAAGUUGCCAGUAGGCUCCCACGCCCAGAAAGACCUGCGACGACAGCGCAGGCCGAUACGAGUGAAGGACAGAUGCAGUGGUGUGAACUCAGAAACUUCACAGAUAAAACCAUCAGAUUUUGACCACCUUAAAAUAAUUGGCAUAGAAACUAUACCAACACUUUUGUCCCAUUUGUUGUCUUCCAGAGACCUUGAACCAGAGAAAAUCCUGCUGGGCAAUGAGGGUCAUGUGAUGCUGACUGAUUUGGGGCUUUGUAAAGAAGGGGUGGCCAUGGUUGGGAUUAUGCAUACAUUCUGUGGGACUCCUGAGUACCUUGCUCCAGAGGUGCUACAAGGCCACCCACACAACCCUGCAGUGGACAGGUGGGGCCUCGGCACUGUGCUGUUUGAGAUGCUCUAUGGACUGCCUCCAGUUUACAGCUGUAGAAAAGCAAAGAUGUUCGAACAUAGUGGGGGGUCUCAGGCUGCCUUCUCAGUGUUAGAGGGAUUGCUGAAAAGAGAUGUCUCCUUUGACCUACGUGACCUUGUGGAGCUGCAGGAGCAUCCCUUCUUUGAAUCUGUCAACUAAAGACCCCCGUUCAUCCCAAAAGUGACUGAUCCCUGUGAUGUCCGCUACAUUGACCCCGUGUUCACACUACAACCUGUCCCUGCCUCUGUGAAUGAGAGGUGCCAGGUGGGCGGGACCAGCAAGGCCUACCUAGGAUUCUCCUUUGUGGACCCAGUGGAGUAUUUGGCAGCAAAGCCAGUUUCAUAACAAUGCCAAAUCUUAUGAGAGCAUGUUUGUUCAAAUAUUUAUUUAACAUUAUUAUGUCAUAAAUUAUUAAAUCAAAGUCUAUUUUUAAA